CUAAAAUGGGUGUUGAAAAUGGAGAGUUCACAGUGAGUGUGACCAAAGAAGAGGUGGUGGCAGCAGUGCUUCCAAUCCAAGAACAUUGGUUACCACUUUCUAACCUUGACCUUCUUCUACCUCCUGUGGAUGUGGGGGUCUUCUUCUGCUACAAGAACCCAAUGUUCAUGUCCACUACCUUAGGGAACGGUAGUACUGACACCAACAACAUGAUGAGCUUUGGAUCCAUGGUGGGGUCUCUGAAGAAGGGCUUAGCUCAGGCUCUGGUGUCCUACUAUGCCUUUGCAGGUGAAGUUGUACCCAACACUGUGGGUGAACCUGAGCUUCUUUGUAAUAAUCGUGGGGUCGAUUUUGUUGAAGCUGUAGCAGAUGUUGAGCUAAAGUGCCUUAACUUCUACAACCCAGAUGACACCUUUGAAGAUAAGCUUGUUCCAAAGAAGAAGCAUGGCGUGCUUGCUGUCCAGGCAACUUCACUCAAGUGUGGAGGGAUAGUAGUGGCAUGCACAUUUGAUCAUCGUAUAGCAGAUGCCUAUUCAGCAAACAUGUUCCUCGUAUCAUGGGCCCAUAUGGCCCAGCCCACCAAGCCCAUAACCAUCUCCACCACGGCCACGACCACCUUCCACCACCCAUGUUUCCGUCGCUCCCUCCUCAGCCCUCGCCGCCCAGCUUCCAUCCACCCUUCCCUCCACCACAUGUAUGUACCCAUCUCCAAGCUCACUCCUCCUCCGGCCACCACCACCGCCACCCCUCUCAUCAGCCGCAUUUACUACGUCACUGCGGAGCAACUUCGUCGCAUGCAGUCACUAGCCGAUGAAACCAGCAACGAUAGCGCUAAAUACACAAAGCUCGAGUCUUUCUCCGCGUUCUUGUGGAAGAUGGUUGCUCGUGCAGCUUCAAGAGACAUCAAUGGCAAAAGGGUCAUUGCUAAAAUGGGCAUCGUGGUUGAUGGAAGGAAGAGGCUUGGUAAUAGUGGUGGUGGCGAUACAGGGAGAGAAGCAAUGAUGGAUUGUUAUUUUGGGAAUGUUCUUUCCAUACCCUUUGGUGGGAAACCGGUGGAGGAGCUGGUGGAGAAGCCGUUGGGGUGGGUGGCGGAUGAGGUUCACGAGUUCUUAGCGGUGGCGGCCACGGAGGAGCACUUCUUGGGGCUCAUUGAUUGGGUGGAAACGCACCGGCCGGUCCCCGGGUUGGCAAGGAUUUAUUGCGGUGGCGCCGACGAGGGACCAGCUUUUGUGGUGUCUUCCGGGCAAAGGUUCCCGGAGGAGAAGGUGAACUUUGGGUGGGGGAAGGUUGUGUUUGCAUCAUACCAUUUUCCUUGGGGCGGUGAAGCUGGUUAUGUGAUGCCAAUGCCAAGCCCUUUGGGGAAUGGUGAUUGGGUUGUGUACAUGCACCUUGAGAAGGGACAAUUGGAGAUCAUUGAAUCUGAGGCUGCUCAUGUCUUUAGGCCGUUAACUUGGGAUUAUCUUAAUCAAUGAUCAUUGAUAUGAUGUUGAAUUGUAUGUGUCUGGUUGAAGGUUUGGGAAGUAUACAAAAGGUUAUGUAUGUACGUGUGUGGUUGAUGGUUUGGCUCUCACCACUUUUUUUUAUAAAAAAAAAUAGGAAAGAAAGAAAGCUAAAAUUUCGAUCACUCUGUAUAGAAACUAUUCAUCAUUCUGCGGCUGAAGAAUAGUAUUUCCUUUGUUUUAAAUGUAUGUUUAGCAGUCAUUGUAACAAAAGUGUGUUAAG